CCACACCCGUGCUUUCAUGCACACUCAAAGCUGCAGUCACACUCAAAGCUGCAUGUACACCACACUGUAAAGUUCUGUGGGCAACAACGUCGGGUUAAACUUCUGACAUUCUGAGAUGUAUGGGCUCACCGUACUAGUUUCCUUCUGUCUUCAGUACACCUACAGCCAUACCGUGGCUCGACACUUCACAAGGGCGGAGGAAUUAGAGGAUAAAGUUGGGAACGAGUGGAUUCGGGAAUUGGCCUACGACACAUUUGUUGACUGUGCAGGACUUUGUUUUAAAGAUGAAACUUGCUGUAGUUUUUCAUUCUACUCUGGAGCGUGUUAUAGACAUAUCUCACACUCGUCAUCGCUGUAUGAUAACUCGACCGGAAUGAAAACGUUCUUCAAGAAAGUUUCAGGUAUCUGUCCAUGCGGUUACCGACUCAUGGGAGACACAUGCGUGAUGGUGUACGAUACACCAAUACCCAACGCUCAGGCCAGGAGCAGAUGCCAACAAGAUGGCGGAGAUUUGAUGGCCAUGACAACUGGUGACAAGCUAACAAGGCUGGUGAAUCACAUGCAGGAACAUGGAAUAGACAUAACGCAACGCCGAACAGUUGGGGGCCAUCUCGACACCAGUCAGCAGUGGAAAUGGAUUGACGGAUCACAGGUUGACGUCACACAGCACGGGUCCUUUUGGUGCCAGUCGGAGCCGAAUUUCUUGAACACUCAAAAAUGCAUGCAUCUGUCUACGAAUUCUACCUGUUUCAAAAACAACAGAUGUGAUCGAGAACGUGGUUAUGUUUGUGAGGUGCAGAACUAGCUGUUAUCGCCGAAAAGUGUAUUACUGUAGUCCGCUUACAGUGAAGCCACAUUACUAUUUUGGAUUUAGGAAUAUACUGACAUACAAAAGAUAGUACACAUUUGGUGUUUUGGGGACCAUUCAUAUUCUUCUGUAUCAGCUGCUGAAAGAAGGAAAGAUCUUGGAAAACAAACAUACUUGUUCCCUUCCGACUAAUUCCCCGUCAUUUGUAAAUCUAUUUAUCUUAUUGAUAUGUUUGGGAAUGUUUAUGUAUUUUUCGUACAAUUUUCGGAGAAAUAUUCACGGCUUUUAACCUUCUUCAUUCCCUUUGUCUACUGUCUACUGUUUCCUGGACUAACUAUUUUUAUCCGUCAAUAUGCUGUGCUCACCAUUUGGUAUUCUCAAAAUUCUUUUUAACUAUUAUUAGAGCUCCAUGCCUCCAGGCAAGGAGACCUAUUGUAAUCGUUCGGAUUAUUAUUAAUAUACUCAUGCCAUACUCUGGCUAUAUUUCAGAGAUCCGCUCGUGUGUCAAAAACGUGUUCUGUGUGUAUUUUCGACGAUUUCUUGACUUCAAAUAUACUUCAAACAUCUCUAAUUUUGAAACCAACCGUCCGAUUUCGACCAAAAUGUGUGUAUACACAUGAGUUCCCAUUACCGAACACACACAUAUCUUUUUGUUUUGGUACAUAUCUUUUUCAUGAUUGUUAGCGGUAAUUGAGAUAGCUGAUGGAAGCGAUAGUAAAAUCUACCAACAUCCCCACUCGCUCGCUUUACAAUUGCGGAAGAUAGUUCUGAUUAAAUAGUCAUUGAAACAGAAGUAGUUGUUAUUAGUUUUAUCGGUCGUUAUUCAAAACAAUCAAUUAACCAAUAUCAGUUCGUGUGUAGAAAUUAUAUGGAUAUUUAGGUCGAUUUUACACCAGUUAAACCACCGAUGAAUGGCGGGUACCACGGUAGGGCAGGACACGUUCACCACUCAUUUUCAGUAUAUUAUCACAUCAGUUGAAUACAAAUGACUAUGUUGCAAUGGAACCUUCAACCAUUUUACAUUUCCUCAACGUUCUAAUAAAGCCAGCAACUGUUUGAAAAGCCACAAAUGUCAUUUUCCAAAACCAGAUUACACAACCAUUUGUAUCUAGAACGAUGAUAGUUCCACUUUAAAGUUAAUGAAGGAAACAUUUCCCAUUACUGGAAGUGACAUGAUCCAGACAAUAUUCCCAUUUACUAUUCUUUUAGAAUCAGAUGGCAGAUGGUAUCGGUAUUUCCUCUGAAAUCAUAUCAUAUGAUCUCAGUCACUGGAUUAAUUGGCUAGUCGGAAUUGUACACUGAGACUUAUGGGUUUUUCUCGCUUCUAUUCACAGAUUUCCUGUAUUUCCCAAACCAGAAAUCUGAAUAUUGAAAGGAUAAUCGUUUGAUUGCAAAACUUGCAACGAAGGAAAAACACAAAUUGACUAAGUUCGAACUCUAAUUGCUAACUGAGUUCUUUCGGGGAACUGGCAAGAAGGACCGUGUAGCCCUAUAUUGCUGCCAGCAGUAAUAUUUUAAAUGGUGUUUUCGGUAAAACUUCAUUUUCAUUGUCUUAACCUACAGAUUACGUACGUGGACUCACAUUAAAUAAAAAACUUGAAUCAAAAAAUGUACAUUGGAAUAUUAGAUCCUUGAAAAUGAUAAUCUAUAUUCGAUCUAUGUUGCUAUCAGUCUUACAGACUUCUUCAUCCUUGUAAGAUAAAGGAAUCUGCUGAUGGUCAAACUAUAAUGGCCUUUGCUCAGUCUUUCUGGUUUUAACAUGGGUAGCCAUCUUGCAGGGUGUUCAGUUAAUAUCGUCUGUGUUCCUUCUAAUUUAUUGUGUCAAUAAUAUAUUGAAUUGUAACUUGUCGAUCAUCGAUAACCGAGAAUAGUUAGUCUCGAUUAUAAGUCGACACAUUCCACUUUGUUCAACCAAGAACUUGAAAAGUAUUGGUUGGAUUGUUUAAAAAAUUUGGGGACCACGUUUGUUGUUGAAAGGAAGGAUUCAGUACAAAUUUUGAAUAUGAUAUUUUUAAAUUCAAGAUUUACAGACAUUCACUAAUUGGAACCUAGAACCAAUAUUCAACCAAUAACUUGUAAAGGAUAAAUGUUUUCAAUUUGCAAAACAACUUCAUUGUCCAAUUUGAUUACUUGAUGGAGUUUAGUUUUACGCCGCUUUUCACUCAUUCUCACUCAACAUUCACAUUUACUCUACAAGUCAAAACAUUGAUUACACAACAGUCUCGUUUCCUGCUGACUGAAUUCCGUCCUAUGGCGCAACUUAGUACA